AGAUUCGGCUUCCGCAAUGCCGACUGGCGCGGAAGAUGCGGCGCAGUACUCGUUUGCUGUGGAGUAUAAAGGUCCGCCGGUGAGUUACGAUCUUCCGAAGGCGGUUCCGAUCAACGUCGAGAGAAUCCCGGUGGCGGCUGUGGUCGGAAAUGUGUCUGUUCCGGCGAAGAUGUCGCUGCCGGUGGUCCAGCCGGUUCUGGCGCCAGGUUCGCUGAUGAAGACGUUUUCGAAGGAGCUGAAGUCGACGGUGUCUCCGACUUCGGUGAUUGCUUUCGAUCGGAGCAGCGAGGACGACACCACGAAGGAGCUGGAGGGGUUGGAGUCGGCGACGGUUUCGCCGACGUCGGUGAUUGGAUUCGAGGAGAGAGCUGCGGUGGAGAGUGUGGCCGGGGCCGCCGGGGGUGGUGGUGGUGGUUUGUCCGGAGAGCUGAGUAGCUCCGGCGCGUUGGAGUUUUCGGCAAGGUUGAAUUACAGGUCCGGUGAGCUGUCCGAUUUGAAUAGCGAUUCGAAUCGACCCGAACCCGAUUGGGCUUCCUCCGAGUCCGUUUUGAGCUUGGACUAUCCGUCUUCGCGUGUCUCCUCCACCAAGGCGGUGGAUUGCGAAGUGAAACGACCGCCGGUGGUGACGUUUCGCGACAUUGAGUCCGAGGAGGAUGAUGGUGGAGAGGAAGAUGAGGCUGAGGUUGUGGCGGUGAAGCCGGAGAGAAAAGGGAAGAAGAAGUCAUGUUAUAGGUGUCUUAAGGGGACUAGGUUCACUGAGAAGGAGGUGUGCAUUGUUUGUGAUGCUAAGUAUUGUAGUAGCUGUGUGCUUAGAGCUAUGGGGUCGAUGCCCGAAGGGAGGAAGUGUGUAGGUUGUAUUGGAUUUCCUAUUGAUGAGAGCAAAAGAGGGUGUUUGGGGAAAUGCUCUAGGAUGCUCAAGCGGCUGCUGAAUGAUUUGGAGGUUCGGCAGGUGAUGAAGGCCGAAAAGUUUUGUGAAGCAAAUCAGCUACCGCCGGAUUAUAUUUGUGUGAAUGGACAGCCUCUUUGUCAUGAGGAGCUGGUUUUGUUACAGACGUGCUCAAACCCUCCGAAGAAGCUAAAGCCAGGAAACUAUUGGUAUGAUAAAGUUUCUGGACUUUGGGGAAAGGAAGGACAGAAGCCUUCAAAGGUAAUCAGUCCCCAUCUUAGUGUUGGGGGUCCCAUCAAGGCAAAUGCUAGCAAUGGAAACACACAGGUUUUCAUCAAUGGCCGAGAAAUUACCAAAGUUGAGCUUCGGAUGUUGCAGUUGGCGGGAGUUCAAUGUGCUGGUAACCCACAUUUCUGGGUGAAUGAGGACGGGUCAUACCAAGAGGAGGGCCAGAAAAAUACAAAAGGAUACAUAUGGGGCAAGGCUGGAACCAAGCUUGUUUGUGCUGUCUUGUCACUGCCAGUCCCUUCUAAGUCAUCGAAUCCUUGUGGAGACUCCCUGAGCUAUGUUGGUAGCGGAGUUGUACCUGAUUACAUUGAGCAGAGAAUACUUCAGAAAAUUCUUUUAGUUGGAUAUAAUGGUUCUGGAACGAGCACUAUAUUCAAACAGGCCAAGAUUCUAUAUAAAGCUAUCCCUUUCUCGGAAGAUGAGCGUGAAAAUAUCAAGUUUACAAUACAGAGCAAUGUGUAUGGCUAUCUUGGUAUAUUACUGGAGGGACGUGAGCGUUUUGAAGAGGAAACUUUGGCUGAGAUCAUAAGUCAAUGUUCUUCCAGUCAAACGGAUGCCAGGAACAACGACAAAACUCUUUACUCCAUUGGCCCAAGAUUGAGAGCAUUUUCUGAUUGGCUUCUCAAGACAAUGGUGUCAGGUGAUUUGGAAGCCAUUUUUCCAGCUGCUACUCGUGAAUAUGCACCAUUGGUCGAGGAGUUGUGGAAUGAUUCUGCCAUUCAAGCUACAUACAAGCGGAGAAAUGAAUUGGAAAUGUUACCUAGUGUUGCUACUUACUUCAUAGAGAGGGCUGUUGACAUAUUAAGAGUAGACUAUGAGCCCUCGGAUCUUGAUAUUCUAUACGCUGAAGGUGUUACUUCAUCUAAUGGGCUCGCUUGUGUAGAGUUCUCAUUUCCCCAGUUGGCAUCUGAAGACAGCAUCAAUAAUAUUGAUCAGCAGGACUCUUUGCUUAGGUACCAACUUAUUAGAGUGAAUGCAAGAGGACUUGGGGAAAACUGCAAAUGGUUGGAAAUGUUUGAAGAUGUUGGAAUGGUCAUCUUCUGUGUAUCCUUGAGUGACUACGAUCAGUUUUCUGUGGAUGGCAAUGGGUCUUUUUCAAACAAGAUGCUACAGACUAGAAGUUUCUUUGAAAGCAUGAUUACUCAUCCAACAUUUGAACAGAUGGACUUCCUUUUGAUUCUAAACAAGUUUGAUGUGUUUGAGGAGAAGGUAGAACGGGUACCACUUACUCAGUGCGACUGGUUUGAUGAUUUCCAUCCAGUGGUUAGCCGUCAUCGGUCCAACGGGAACAACAGCAGCAACAACAUUAAUAGUAGCCCCUCAUUGGGUCAUCUUGCAGCUUACUACAUUGGAGUAAAGUUCAAGAGGCUAUAUUCUUCCCUAACUGGAAAGAAACUGUACGUUUCUCUGGUAAAAGGAUUGCAGCCUAAUAGUGUAGAUGCAGCUCUUAAAUAUUCAAGGGAGAUUUUAAAAUGGGAUGAAGAGAGAGGCAACUUCAGCUUUGAUUAUUCUGCCUAUAGCACUGAGGCAAGCUCGUAUUCACAUUAAUGUCAAAUUGAGAAGGCUUGUAAAUCGGUUUGUAUUGUCGUGGGAGACUAAGCAAAUCCACUGUAAAUGUAAUGGUAUGUGUAUAUGAGCAAUAGAAAGAUUGUUCCUUUCACCAGACCAGUCCUUACUGGUUCAAGAUAUGAAAGAUCAAUAGAUCAUUAUUUUACAC